AAAUGUUCAAUCCAAGACCUUCUUUUUUGGGGAAAUAUUGUGAUGGAAGUCCGGAACAGGUGAAACCGUGCAAUAAACAAACGUGUCCAGAACACAAUGUGGCAUUCACAGCGUACAAUUUAUACAGGAAUUCGUCAAGCUAUACUACCCUCCUGUUCCAGAACACCCACAUCAACAAUGGAAACGCAUAUAGCACCACCACUGGAAAAUUUACAUGUAAUGUUCCUGGUGUGUACCAUUUUGUUGUGCCUUUAACAAAGCGCUAUCAAGAUAUUAACUCUGUAUAUGCAUAUAUGAAAAUCAAUGGUAGCAAUAAGCUUGCACUGUUCUUACGCCCUAAAGACAAUAACUACAAUGAAGCAUACAUGUUGACUGGUGCUGGUACCUUCCAUCUGAACCGAAAUGAUGUCGUAUAUGUUUAUGGAGUUCCUAACUAUUUUUAUAGUGGUUCUAAUUCUUACUUCACUGGUUUCUUGAUAACCCCUGACCAAUAACGUCAGUUUAUUAAUUAUUGAAUAAACUAAAUCAUACAAACAUCAGAAAUAUAAUGUAGAAAAAAUCUAUUAAAUAAAUCAUUUUGAUAAUAGUUAAAGAUGAUAAUGAGAAGUAAGCCACAUUUUAUGGUGACAAAUGUAUUUUUAAGUUGAAGAAGUAUCAUUUAUUACACAGAAAUUUGGGGAAUUCAUAAUAAUUGAUGGCUAUUCUGUCUCAAAAUGUAACAGGAAGAAAGGUUUUAAAAAGCAACAUGAAAAGUCAGUAAUACAUUUUAAUUCUUUCAUUGCUUAGUGUUUGAUUAAAGCAAGAUUUCAAAAUGGUAGUCUAUGGGACAAUUUCAAUUUUGGUGAGACCUCCUCGCGUAUAGAAAAAUCCUGCAGUUUUUUUGUUUGUUUUUUUUCAUGAAACCUUACACAGUUGCACAUUCACCAGUAUUCUAUCAAAAGGUUAAAUAAAGUUGCGUUAAAACUUUUCAUUUUACAUAAGCUAAAAGGUUGAUAUCAUAGAAAGCUGUUCCAGAUAUGUUGUGCAUCCAUGUGUAAAAUAAUCCCACAACAACGUUUGUAAGUUUAACAAAUAGACGAAAAGAACAAGACAGUUAUACUUAGGAACACAGUGGAACACCGCUGGGACAGUCAGAGACCAGUGGCGCUAUGGUUAGCAGGUUGGACUUUAACGUCAGCGGUCUGGGUUCAAUUCCCGGUCGCGGCUGACAUCCCGACUAGUGUUCAGUGCUGUGUGAUUUACUUAAAUUAGUACUGUCUCCAGCAGUAUCGGCCUAGACUGGAUGCUAGGGAGGUAAAUAUGAAUCCUGCCGUGGGCUCGGUUGGAAAUAAGGUGUUCCAUCCAUUCAUGGUUGGACCUUUGCCGACUACCCACGUUAAGCAAGAAACUUUACUCUUUUUUUAUAACUUUAGCAGAAAUGAAGUGCCAUGUUUAUUCUAUGAAUUUACUACAGCUUUUAAUAGGAUUACAAAAUCUAAAAAAGCAGUGUGAAAAGUUUACACACAAUUUGGUUUCUAGAUAUAUUAUUUACUAUCUCUAGCGGACCUAUCCGCAAACAAAUGCUUGAGUUCAUUGUAGUGAUAGUGUUUCACAUGAGUUUCAAAAUGAAUGAAAAAUAUAUUUUUUCCAUAUAAAAUAAGAAAUAUGCCUUUUGUAUCACUGUUCCGAAGUAUUAUUUAUAGGUUAUUAGCUUUGUAUCGGGAAAUAUGCACGAGUUCUUCAGCGGAAAUAUUGCGCGACUUUAGGAGCGCAAUAUUCUUCCGCUGAAGAACAAGUGCAUAUUUCCCGAUGCAAAGAUAAUAACCUUUUUAUUACAUACGCAUCUACAGGUAUAAAUAUUAUAUAAAUAUCAUAAAUAUGUUCAAUAGCCUGAUUAGGAUUGACAAUACUGAACUAAAUAGAAAAAAUAGUGCAACAACACACACUGAAUUACGUCACGCACCCGAUAUGAAAUUCAGGCGUCAGUGUAUGGAAAAAUAUUGACGUUUCCGGUACCAGAGUAACAUAACGGGGAAUAAAAACGAGUAUGUAAUAAUGACAGUAUAUUACUUUUAAGCUAUUUGUGCAUGUUUAGUUAAUUAUUAAUAACUUCAUAUAGUAUUGUUAUCUGUAUAUGUAUAUAUUUUGUAUAUUCUUGUAAAAUUGUAAUGAAUUCGCUCAUUGUAUAUCUAUAUUAUACAUUUUGUAAAUAUGUUCUUCUCUCCCUCGAGGAAGAAAUAAAAGUAUCUAUCUAUCUUUCUGUUACCCGGUGAAAAUGUUAAAUAACUUAAAGCCACAGUAAAGUUCUGGAAUAAGAUAUAUAUUCUCCCCAAUUCACGUCAGAUGUUGUCAAAUACAUACAUUAAUAAUCAUUGCGCGUAAGUGUAAUGAAUUAAAUAAUUUUAAAUGUGGAUGUACUAAUGUCAAAUUAGUCAGUAGUCAUGUGUUAACUUUCAAAAAUGGACCUUCCCCAAAAAGGUCAUUUACCUGUUAGUAAGGAU